AGUAGGUUAAAUGGAUGAUACAGCUGAUGUUGAACCUAAAAUAAGCAGCAUCCAAGUAACAGAGGAAGUCAAAAGCAGCAUAGACCCUGAUGAUGCCUAUGGUUACACAAAGACCUCAAAUUUUACAUCCGAAGUUUUUAAAAUCGAAGUUGGAAAUCUUCCACGUCACUGUGGCUAUGGAGAGCUGAAAAAGUUAAUGAAUAAAAAGCUGAAAUUAAAUCCACACAAAAUCAAUGUAGUGUCACGUAUCAACAAAGCUUAUGUGACGUUUAGAAACGAAGAAGAUAAGGUUGAUGCUGUUGCCAAGCUAAAUGCGUUUGUUUUAAAAGGGAACAAAUUAUCUGUAAAAAAUGCCAAACCAAAAGCGGAUGUUAUGGCCAAAAACAAAAGGGAAAACGUUGAUUCAAGCACGUCCGAUGUUGAAAAUAAGAAAAUUAAAGUUGAAGAUGAGAAUAUUUCAAUGGAAGAUCAAUUAAAAAACACAGUAAUCCCCUGGUGGAAAUCUUCAUAUGAAGAGCAAUUAAAAUUAAAACAAUCUUCAAUGUUUUCAAGUUUGCUUGAAAUCCGAAAAAAAGUUUCUGCAGUUGAUAAUUUGGAUAAUGAGGUGUUUGUGUGGUUGAUGCAACAAAAAAAAGAAUCCGGAGCUUUCUGUCCAAUGGAUGAUAUAUUACCCUCCCCCUGUGUUGGAGGUUAUCGAAACAAAUGUGGGUUUACUGUUGGUAAAAACUCGGAAGAUCAAGCUAUGGUUGGAUUUCGAUUGGGAAGAUACAGGGACCAGGUUUGUAACGUGGAAAAUCCAAGUUGUCUUAUUCAUGUACCAGAUGUGAUGAAACAAAUCGUAGAAUGCUUCACACAGUAUGUACAACGAUCAAAACUAUCAGUGUACAAUACCCACACUCAUGAAGGGUUUUGGAAGCAAAUUACUGUGAGGACAACACUAGAAAACUCAUCAAUGGUUAUAAUCACAAUGUGCAAACAGAAUUUAACAGAUGAAAAAAUCCAAACUGAACUCCAAUCAGUAAUUGAUCAUUUUGAAACGAGUAAUGUUAAAGUUGAUACAAUGUUAUACGAGGGUGUACCUACGCACAGAUGUAAUUCAAAGGAAAUUUCUAUCAAAACUUUAACAGGCGACGGUGUCAUUUAUGAAAAAUUAUUUGAUCUCAAGUUUCGAAUUUCUCCUGAUGCUUUCUUCCAAUGUAACACCAAAGCUGCUGAAGUCUUGUACAAGUGCAUUGGUGAUUUAGUUAAACAAGCAAUAGAUGAGACACCGGAUUCAAAAGAAACUGCACUGUUAGAUGUAUGUUGCGGAACUGGUACCAUUGGCCUUACAUUAUCUUCAUGUGUGAACAGACUGGUUGGGGUUGAUAUAUGUGAACAAGCUAUUAUAGAUGCCGUGAAAAAUGCUACAUUAAAUAAUAUAACCAAUGCCGAGUUUUAUGUUGGGAAAGCUGAAGAUGUUCUACCUAAAGCAAUUGAAAGUUUAUCUGGAAUAAACUCCAUGAACCUUGUGGCAGUAGUUGACCCGCCUAGAUGUGGUUUACAUGCCAAGGUUAUUAAAGUGAUUCGACAGUGCCCAGCAAUCCAGUACCUCAUAUACGUAUCCUGUAGUGUCGACCAAGCAAAGACAAAUUUUGUCGAUCUUUGCAGACCACAGUCAAAGAGACUUAAUGGACCUCCAUUUAAACCGAUGUUAGCGCAACCUGUUGAUCUGUUUCCACACACAAAACAUUGCGAAGUUGUUUUGUUAUUCAAACGAAUACUACCAGUUCUUUAAACCAUCAUUUGAAGAAGCUCAUGACAAGCUUUAUUGUUUUCAAUUCGUAUUAAAUUUACACUGCCUUUACAAGGAGUAUUCGGUUUCACUUUGUGUUAUGACCAUGAUAGCAAUAAACUCUUGCUGUGAUA